AGAAGAGCGGAGCAGCUCGUGUUAGCUUUAGGCCUGUUGUUGACGUGCACACGGAGUAAGAGGAUUUCUCAUGGUGGUCUUCCCGUCAUGAACCGCGUCACUUCCACAUACAACCCAGAUUAUCCGUGUCGCCCACCGUGUCGGUCCGCAGCAGCUGAAGACGAGCUGCUCCGCACCUUGUUUGUGUUUUACCAGCAAGAACACACGAGGAGAAGGGUGCUUCCGGCUGUCCUGUGGCCUGAACAACACAGACACGCACAUAAACUACUACAACUAGAACAUACUGACAGCCGCCGCGACUCCUCUCCAUUGGAGUGUCACCUGAAAUAAACACAAGAUGGCGCCAUAAUCUCACUUUUAAACAUUUCAUUUAUCAACAGGUCUCCCGCCAGUCGAACAAAAAAUGGAUAUGUAUGCUGUGCCCAACCCGGAAAUGCCAGAUUGUCCACCAGGAUUAGAAUACCUGACUCAGGUGGACCAGUUACUCAUCAAACAGAAAGUGGAGCUUGUUGAAGCCCUUGUUGGUUUCGAAAGCAACAACAAGUAUGAAGUCCGUAACAGCGUGGGUCAGAACGUGUUCUACGCCGUCGAGGAGAACGACUGUCUGAGUCGACAGUGUUGCGGUCCCAUGCGCUCGUUCACCAUCCACGUCCUCGACAACUUUGGACAAGAGGUCAUCACCGUCACCAGGCCACUGAAGUGCAUGUCUUGCUGCUUCCCUUGUUGCCUACAGGAGCUGGAGGUGCAGUCCCCCCCUGGUAACACAGUGGGGUACGUCACACAACAGUGGCACCCAUUCUCCCCCAAAUUCAUCUUAGCGAAUGAACACAACGAGCCUGUGCUGAAGAUCCAUGGGCCCUUCUGUGGAUGGAGCUGCCUACCAGAUGUUGACUUUGAGAUUUUGACGAUGGAUGAGGUCAGCAAGAUCGGGAAGAUCAGCAAGCAGUGGACAGGACUUCUGCGGGAAGUAUUCACAGAUUCAGAUAACUUUGGUAUCCAGUUCCCCAUGGAUCUGGAUGUGAAAAUGAAGGCUGUAAUGAUCGGUGCAUGUUUUCUCAUUGAUUUCAUGUUCUUUGAGUCGAAUAACUAGGAGCCAAACAGGAUAUCCGUGUGAGCAUACAGACGUUCCUGGAAGAACAAGGCCGCGAAGCCGCGACGAUCAGUCCCACAGGCCCCAAACAACCGUCAAACAGAUGGUUUAAAGGAAGCACCAAGAUGAACCUAAAUGUUACAGUUUUUGCAUGAACAAAGAAACAGAAGGUUUGUUUCAGUCUUAGCAGCUCAGGUUACUUGGCUGCGAGUGCACAGUGCAGUGUUUUUAGACAUUUGUGUUUACAUCUUUAUUCAGAACAUCCAUAAACAAGUAGAUUAGAAAGGGAACGUCAAUGCAGGCACGUGCUGUUGUACAGUUUGUGAAAGGAACAGCUAAACAGCACUUGUGUCAUUAUAUAGUCAAGGUGUUAAUUUAUAAAGAAUAUGCGUGUAGCUAUAUUGUGGGAGAACUGAAGGACUCAUGUAAUGCAGUAGUUGGUAGAUAUACAAAGCCCUAUGUAUUGAUUUCUAUGUGUGUAUGCACUGCUUUGUAUGGGUGUGUAUGUGCGCUAUGAGUGUACUUGUGCUUUAACUGAAACAAACUAUCAUAGGAUUACAUUAAUAUUUUUCAACGCCAUAAAUACGUGUGCAUAGUCAAUUGUGUUUAUUUAGGAACGGAGAUGUUAUGGCUGGAUAUUCCCCGUCUUGUCCACACGAGGGAGCUAGCUUUUCAUUUAAGAAUAACCCAACACAGCCCAACUAGACACACUCCGUAUCUGCUGAUGCCAUACAUAUUUAUUGGAAUAUUAGAUUCUGAAGACAUUGUAUAUUGUUUGGACAAACUCAGGUUUGAAUGCAUGCUACUGUAUUAUAGUGAUGGCUACUGCUGGCUCCAGGGAUGACACACCGGCACCUGAUACUAUGAAUAUAAAGAUGGAGAUUGAGUACAUUAAAUCAUCUAAAUACAUUUCCUAGUGUAUCAAAUUUAAGUGAGUUUAAUAAAAAACUAAAUAUGGCCAUAGACACUGCUGUACAACAUGCUGUUACAUUAAAAUAUGAUUUAAUGAGUAUGGCCAUCAGUCUGAUUAGGAUGAUAUAAAGCAGGGGUGUCAAACUCAUGUUAGUUCAGGGGACACGUGCAGCACAAUUUGAUCUCAAGUGGGCCGGACCAGUAAAAUCACAGCAUAAUAACCUAUAAAUAACCACAACUCCAAAUUAUUCCCUUCGUUUUAGUGCAAAAAAAUACACGUACAUUCUGAAAUUUUUUACAGAAAACCUGAAAUUUCAACAAUAGUAUGACUCAGUUUAUAAUUUACACAUGUGCAUUACAACUUACAGAUCACAGUGUAUCUUCAAAAGGCACAACACAUUUAGUCACAGGUAUCUGGAACAGUAUUUUACUUUGUGAUCAAAACAACUCAUUUUUACACUUUGCAAAGUCAUCCCGCGGGCCGGAUUGGACCCUCUGGCGGGCCGGUUUUGGCCCCUGGGCCGCAUGUUUGACACCCCUGAUAUAAAGUAUCGUCACAAAGGCUAUGUGCUACAUCAACGUUAAGAGCUCUGUUGUAGCAUCAUGAUAAUAUGAUGAUCAUCAUGAUAAUAUCAUCUGAUUCAGGAAAAUAAAAAUAGAAAAACAUCCAUUUUAAAUCAUUUUCUAACAUAUAUGCUUUUAUUUUUGUAAAGAAGUAUUACAAACUGCCAGUUGGAAGAGCUAAUAGUGUACUUGUGUCAACAGUGUUUCAUUCUAUUAGUGUUAACAUAUUGACUCUUUAUUGCUAUAAUAUCUCACCCUUUAUGAGCAAUGUUUGAAAACUUGACUAAAUACAUGACUUAGUAAUUAAAAUGGAUGUUUUUUGCACUCAAUUCUGUUUUCACGACUUAAGUUUGUUGAGAAACUACUGUCAGUAAAUCUGAAUGAUAUUCUUACCACCGGUCAUUUGGCUGAAUGUAUAGUAUAAACCUGGAUUAAUAGUAUGAAAUGCUGCCGCUUCAUCCUCUGAAGACUCUAUGAUUGUGUUUAAAAGCCAAAAAACUUUGAGUCCGAAUGUGAUAUAAAAACAGUACUUAUUCUUCUACUUUUGCACUAAUUCUGUGAAGUCUUUUGUGUCAUGCGAUGAAUGCAAACAAACUCUGUGAGCUAAGCUUUAAAUUUGUGCAAAUAGUCCAUGGAAACACUUCAAUAAAAAAACAAAAUGAAAAUG